UCUAUCUCCACACACAGACGCGUUCUAUGUCGCACGCACACUGUACACUAGCUCCCUCGCCACUUCCUGAGCACACAGGCAACAAGCCACAUUGCACCGAGGACCAGAGGUGGCAGGUGGGGGGAGAGAGGAACGAGUGAGAUGCAGUUCAAGUGGAUUUGUGCUGUGACUUGCUUGGCUGUAAACCUCCAGCUCUCUGAUGCUGACACUAUGGACCUGAAUGACCCGAAGCUUUGUUACAUCCUGGAUGGAAUUCUCUUUAUCUAUGGCAUUAUAAUCACUGCUCUCUACCUUAAACUGAGGCUGACCAAGGCAAAAAGCAAGUUAGAAGAAACUGCUGCAAACCAACCAAACACGGAAGGACCAUACGAGGCCCUGCAGAAGAAGAAUCAAGAACCCUAUUCAGAUCUCAGGUUUAACAAACGACAGCAGGACACAGAAGCGGCAACUGGAGGCAGGCGGAAUGAAAGGGUGAAUGCUGCUGCUGCCUCCAGUGACACCUAUUCUAAACUGAAUGCCAAGACAAGAAAUGAAGCUUAUGGUGAACUGAAACCAACUCAACAGAAACGAAGAGGCAAAGGAGGGAAUGACAUCUAUCAGGGACUGAGUCAAGCAACACAAGACCCAUAUGACCAACUGCCAAUGCAGCCAUUACCGACUAUGCCCCCACCGCCACGUCGCUGACAUCCUCGAGUGGAUAACGUCAUCCCACGACAAGCAACAGUGGACAACCUUCUAGGAUCAACUCUUAUUUCAUCAACAUAAAGUAAUGCCAAAUUACAAAUGAUCCCCUGCAAUAUUUACUUGCAAAUAUUAAAAACUCAGUUAAAUUAGCAUUAUUAUAGUACAACAUGGAAGAGUCCCAUUGUAAUGGUGCCAAUCUCUGAGUUUACAAGCCUCUAAAAACAUAACUAGCUUGAUAUAAUCUACAGUUAAUGAGAAAUGUAGGCUAAAGCUCAUUCAAGUUUAGAAGUCAAUCUUUGUUACCCGUUUGCAUAAAUCAAAACGAAAUGCUCAGCUGGAGCUGAAAAUAUUUAUCAUUUAUCCAAGUGAAAAUAGGUAUUUAAAAGGUAACUUCAAAAUGGAAAUGGAAUGCACAGCAUUGUCAAUGGGGCAUUAUUUUCUUUAAAUGAGAAAUCACCUAUAUCUAGUCAGAACAGUAUCUUUGAAAAAUCAAUUAUGUAGAUAAAGAACCAUGUAAAUAAUAGCAUUACAAAGCAGUAAUCUUUUCUCUUUUAUACAUCUUUCUAAUGAGCGGCUGAUAUUGCUGAUCUCUGUAGUGUUGCACGAGUUGCAGUAAUGCUACAAAAAACUAUUUUUGUAAAAACUAUUGCCUGUUUCACCCUGCUUGUUACAAAAAAAGGGAACUGGCAUUGAGCGGUGAA